UUGAAGUUAGGCAAAAUUUAUAUACCAUUUUAUAAUAUAAAAUUAUCAUAAGACAUAUUAGGACAUAGUACAAAAUAUCACAAAAUAUUUCUUUUGGUCAAAUGCUGAUCUUUGACCAUGCUAUAUAGUUCAACAUUUCAAUAUCUCCAUGAAUUUUUAACAACUUUUCUAGUGAAGACAGUACAUUAGAAGCUCUGUUAUUGUUCAAGGCAUUGAAGAAAAUGGUAAGGUGAUAUCUCUGAAAAAAUGACCCAAUGGCUUGUGGAUUCUCUGGCAUUAACUGUAUAGGACAAGGAAGUUCUCGUUUUAAGUCCAUCUUCACUCACAAUACCUUAGGCAACUUUGGUAUUUAGUGACUAUCAAUCAAAUCAAAUCAAAUUAAUAACCUGGAUUGGAGGAAAUAUGGAAGUCUUGAAGAAAAAGUGAGAUAUAUAUCUAAGAAAUAAAUAAAAUAAAACUUUUAUUUAUUUAUGUUUCCCUAACUUGGAUUAUCAUUUUAAUCUAUGUUAAUGCAAUAUUGGGAGAGUUUGGAUAGAUACUUUAUUAGACAGAGUAAAAUGAAACGAAGGAUGAGGACUAUAGAUCAGUCUGCAAUUGAUGUCGAAGGGAGGCUACUAAUGGAGAUUUAAUGACAUUUUAUCACUUACACAGCUAACAGGUAACAUACAUUUAUAGAUCUAUGCUUUUUUCUGUGACCUUUCAGGAAUUGAAAGCCAACGUAGAUGUGGAAACAUAUAUCAUUGGUAAAAAAAAUUGAACCUGAAAGAGGAGUUCAUUCCCCUGAAACAUUUUAAACAGGACAUUCAUGGGAUUACAAAGUGAAGAGAAUGGCUCAAGGGUAGAAAAAAACAUCCAGGAUGAAAACAGAGAAAGGCAGAAGAGCAGGAGAGAAAGGCAAGGGUUGGACUUAUUCAAAGAAGAGUUUAAUGAAUUAAAGGCUGGACCAUCAUUUUUUUCUAUAAGUCAUGUUAUGCCCAAAGUAAACAAUUUUGAAGUUGCAAUGGAAAAACAGGAAAACAAAGAAGAUAAGGAAGCAAAAGAAGUUGUUUCUGAUGAAGUAAUAACAGCAAUACCAUGGCAUAGACCAUCUACCUUGAAAAAACACUAUGUAUUUACAGAAGCCACUGAAAAUUUGCAUCCGGGAUAUCCCUCAACUGGUCCCUUAGUCAAACCAAGGAUGCCAUGCAGUGGAAGACCAAGAAACCGGCAACAGGGUGAAUUAACCCACUUUUUGGAAGAUCCUGUCACCAAUUAUGAGCCCUCAUUUGCUAAAUUUCCAAACAAAAGACCAAAGGACAAGACUUUAACUCCCGGUGAAGAAACCACACCGAAGAUACCGCCAGAAAAGAAAAGGCUUCUGUUGGAAAAACUUUUUGGUUCAAAUAGCAUAGUUAGCAAAUGAUGGCUUGUGUUAUGUUAUUCCUAUCAAGCGGAUAGAUAUUAGAUAAUAGAGAUCAGAGAGUAUUAGAACUAGGACAUAUUACAUAGUAGAUAGAGGAUAGUAUUAGAACUAGGAUAUAUAAGAUAACAGAUAUUAGAUAGUAUUAGAACUAAGCGAUAUUAGAUAGUAGAUAUUAGUAUUAGAACUAGGAUAUAUUAUAAUAGUGGAUAUUAGUAUUAGAACUAGGAUAUAUUACAUAGUGGAUAUUAGUACUAGAAUUAGGACAUAUUAGAUAGUAGAUAUUAGUUAGAAUUAGAACUAAGCAAUAUUAGGUAUUAGAUAUUAGAGUUAGAAUUAGAAUAUAUUAGAUAAUAGAUAUUAGAUAAUAUAAAAACUAGGAGAUAUUAGAAGUUUCUGUAGUUACUGUUGUAAUAAGCAUCACAAAAGAACUAUUUUGUGAA